AUGGACGAUUACACUAGAGAGAUGAUGGAUCUCAAGACCUUAGUCACUCGAACCCUAGAGAAGAAGGGUGUCCUCGCUAAGAUCCGGGCUGAGCUCCGUGCGAGUGUGUUCGAGGCAAUCGAAGAAGAAGAUAGAGUGGUAGAGAGCAACGAAGGUCUUCCUCCAGCUUUGCUGGGAAGCUGCAAUGAUCGUGCAAGGGAGCUUCAUGCUUUACCUUCAGGGAGGUUGCUGUCUGCGUUAAUUUGUGAAUACUUGGAAUGGGCACAACUCAAUCACACGCUCAAAGUUUAUCAACCCGAAUGCAAUUUGCAAAAAGACUCUUGGAAGUCUGAGCUAGGCUACUUUAGUAGCAACCAUGGUUAUGAGAUCAACAGAAAUGGAGAUAGGCCUCUCCUUCUCGAUGUUCUUCAAGGUUUCUUGCAGUUCGAGACCAUGACAGAGACGACCAUGGGUGUUAAUUCAAGGAGAGAGUCAGAAACUGAGUCCUCAUCAAGCCUCGACUCCAGAAAUCCUCCACGUAGGUCAUCUGCUUCUGAUAGCUUGCCUCCUCUACGAAGGCCAGGUUCUGCAUCCCAAGGAUCAGAUAGAAGAGCGGGAAUGUCUACUUCCGGAUACAGAAAAGAUGAAUUCAACUGGAGACAAGGUAAUCAAGAUGCACAUGAAGAGGUAAUGAGAGCUUCCGCGGCGCUGGAAAAUCUUCAGCUUGAUAGGAAAACUCGGAACUUAACAUCGUCCUGGAGGAAUGUGAGGGAUGGAACAAAUGAAGAAGACGAUGGGAGGGAUUGA